GCGCAAUAUCCCAUGGAAAUCGAUAUAAGUGGAACCUCGGCACGUCCCCCAUUUUUGAUUCCUUCUUUCGUUCUUUUUUUCUUUUUCUUUGUAGUUCUUCGUAGUUUCUCAGAUUUUCAAAGAGAAAGUCAGGAUAAUUGGUGACAAUCGAAGAUGUUAGAGGAGUUACUGAUUUUUACCAGGGGAGGAUUAAUUCUCUGGACAUGUAAUCAGCUUGGGAAUGCUCUUAGAGGAUCACCAAUUGAUGCUUUGAUCAGGACCUGUCUUUUGGAGGAGCGAUCUGGUGCAUCUUCAUACAACUAUGAUACCCAAGGUGGUGCUUAUACCCUUAAAUGGACUUUCCAUAAUGAGCUUGGCCUUGUUUUUGUUGCUGUGUAUCAGCGGAUUCUCCAGUUAUUGUAUGUGGAUGAUCUGCUUGCCAUGGUGAAGAGUGAGUUCGCGGAGAUAUAUGAUCCAAAACGAACUGUCUUCAAUGACUUUGAUGAAACAUUUAGGCAGCUUAGGAAGGAAGCGGAAGCCCGGGCUGAGGAAUUAAGGAAAUCAAAGCAGUUCAGUAAGCCUCUAAAUGGUGGUAAGAAGCAAGGACAGACAUCAAGGGUCGGUUAUGAAGGUGCAAAUAAGAAGAAGAAAGGGGGAGGUGCUCCGCAAAAGGAUGGUGGGGAUGGUGAUGAUUGGAAAGGCCGGAAGUUUGAAAAUGGACACUCCAACAGAAACAAUGUUGAGAUCGAAGAAUCUCAAUCCACUAGUGCUGUUGUAAAUGGUAAGGAAAAUGCAAGUUCCAAUGUUGAAGCUUUCAAUGUAGGUGAACUUAAGCGUAGAAUUAAAGGUGGUAAGAAAACUGAUACUGUUGUUAACAAGGGUCUUUCGAAAGUGGACCCAAAGAAAAAGAUAGAAAAGAAGAAUAGAGUUUGGGAUGAUAAGCCUCCAGAAAAGAAAUUGGAUUUUACUGAUCCAGCGGAAGAGAAUGGGGACAAUAUAGAGGUUGCAGGAGUUGAACAUGGUGAAAGUAUGAUGGACAAAGAAGAGAUGUUAAGCAGUGAUGGUGAGUCUGAAGAAGAAGAUGAUGCUGACGCGGGGAAGAACAGCAAGCCUGAGGCUAAGAAGAAAGGAUGGUUUUCGUCUGUGUUUCAGAGCAUUGCUGGAAAGGCAAAUUUGGACAAGGCAGACCUUGAGCCUGCUUUGAAAGCUCUUAAAGAUAGUCUCAUGACCAAGAAUGUGGCUGAGGAGAUAGCCGAGAAGCUUUGUGAAUCAGUUUCUGCUAGUCUUGAAGGUAAAAAGCUGUCUUCAUUCACAAGGAUAUCUUCAAUAGCUAAGGAUGCAAUGGAAGAAGCACUUAUCCGAAUAUUGACCCCUAAGCGUUCUAUCGACAUCAUGAGAGAUGUGCAUGCUGCCAAAGAACAGAGGAAACCGUAUGUUGUUGUCUUUGUUGGUGUCAAUGGGGUUGGAAAAUCUACCAAUCUUGCCAAGGUUGCAUACUGGCUUCUGCAGCAUAAGGUCAAUGUCAUGAUGGCUGCUUGUGAUACAUUCAGAUCAGGUGCUGUAGAGCAGCUGCGAACCCAUGCACGUAGACUGCAGAUCCCUAUAUUUGAGAAAGGCUAUGAGAAAGAUCCUGCUGUUGUUGCAAAGGAAGCAAUUCAGGAGGCUCAACGCAAUGGAUCUGAUGUAGUUCUUGUUGAUACUGCUGGCCGAAUGCAGGAUAAUGAACCUUUGAUGAGAGCACUGUCAAAACUUAUUAACAUGAACAAUCCAGAUCUGGUUUUGUUUGUUGGUGAGGCACUAGUUGGAAAUGAUGCAGUUGAUCAACUAUCAAAGUUCAAUCAGAAAUUGGCUGACCUUUCUGCUUCACCUAAUCCCAGAUUGAUUGAUGGAAUCUUGCUCACUAAAUUUGAUACAAUUGAUGAUAAGGUGGGAGCUGCGCUCUCGAUGGUUUAUGUAUCUGGAGCACCGGUCAUGUUUGUUGGUUGUGGGCAGUCAUAUACCGACCUGAAGAAGCUGAAUGUGAAGUCCAUUGUGAAGACCUUACUGCAAUGAGUCUCUGAUCAUUUUCUAGUUUGUCCUUUGUCUUGAAAUGCUUUCAGUUGUCAUGACACCAGAAUUCCUGCAAAACAUCUAUGUUGUUUGUCCUUUGUUUGCUUUGAUGUUGGAGACAUCAGUCCCUUGCAACUGUAUAUUAAUCUGAAAUUAAUUUAGUUUAAUUUAGUUUGCUGUUGCUAUAAAUUUAUUAAUUUAGAGGAUUUAUGUUGAAUAGUGAGGUAAAGUAUGGCUUA